GAUGAAUGCAUGCGUCCAAACUGGAUUUGACCACCCGUUUUUCAAAGACGAUGACUGUAACAUUAUUACAUUAAUAAAUAGUUUGCGUUACGAAUUUUCCUAACUGACUUGUAUAACUACAGUAUUAAAUAAUGUAUUUUGUGACAUUAACUUAGAAAUGAGAUCUAAACAAUAGUGCUGGUUAAACUACGAGGGGAUACGUAUUUACUCACGGCACCCCUUCAUUUCUGUUACUACUCCUGACACUUCCUUGUUCAAAAGUUUCAUUUUGAGGAAGACUUAGCAAAACUUUGACUCUCGCUGCAGUGGAAUUUGUUAUAUUUGUCAAGUUACUGAAGUGCAAAUGCCAUGGAUUUAAUGCUUUUUCCUUACUGACGACCUCGUAUGGCUGCAAUCACGUAAAGCUGGCUAAAAUUGCGCUGAGGCUGUGUAGAAAUGUCCGCGGCUAACGUUAGCGAAGGGAUCCGGGUGAAGUUUCCCCUACACUCCGCUGUUUGGACCAAUGAUUUUAGGCAGCUGGAGGAAAAUAUACGGUUAUCAAAGAGUGACAUUGAGGCAGUAGAUCCCAGAGGGCGGACUCCUUUGCAUUUGGCUGUAUCACUUGGUCAUCUGGAAUCUGUUAGAGUCCUUCUGAGAAAUGGUGCACAAGUAACAAAAGAAAAUGCCAAAAACUGGACUGUUUUGCAGGAGGCAGUUAGUACAGGAGAUCCAGAAAUGGUUCAGCUUGUGCUUCAACGCAGAGACUACCUCAAAGCCUCCACUGCUCUUGGGGGAGUGCCUGAGCUGCUGUCAAAGAUAAGAGAGUCCCCAGAUUUUUAUAUGGAAAUGAAGUGGGAGUUCACAAGUUGGAUCCCUCUUGUAUCCCGGGUUUGUCCAAGCGAUGUUUGUCGCAUUUGGAAAAGUGGCUCAAACCUGCGGGUUGAUGCUACACUGCUCGGGUUUGAGAAUAUGACUUGGAUCCGAGGGAAGCGAAGCUACAUCUUUAGAGGAGAUGAUUCACAUGCAGAGUUGAUGGAAGUAAACCAUGAUGAUAAAGUGGUGGACACAGAACGCUUCAACAUUUCUCAAGAAAUGGAGGAUGUGACUUUAGAGUCUAUGCAGCCAGCUGAACAGGAAAUUGCCAAAAGACUGACUACUCCUAUUGUUAACACAUACCUGGAUACCAAGGAUAUUGCUUUUGAGAGGCAUGUUUUACAUUUUAAAAUUUCAAACCCCUUUCACAAAUGUAUGAUGCGUUCAGAGAUCAUAAUGUUUUUUUUGUUCCUACACAGGACUAAGUCUGGUAUUUGGGGAUGGAGAACUGAGAGAAAUGAAGUUGUCAAUGGGUUUGAAGCCAAAGUUUUUAGCGUAAACAAUGUCAAUGUGGUAAUCAGAACAAGGACAGAACAUCUUACGGAUGAGGAGAAAUCUCGUAUUAAAAGUGAAAGAAAUGUUCUAGAAUCUCUCUUGGGCACUGUGGAGCUGUACAAUACGGCACAGGGGGACCUUACUCUAGAGUAUGCUACUGCAAACAACCCUACUGCCAUCACCCCUGAGGAGUAUUUUAACCCAGAGUUUGAUUUAGAAAACAGAGAUAUUGGUCGACCUAUUGAACUUAGCAUUCGAACUCAAAAAUUCAAAGGCACUUUGUGGAUGAGUGAAGAGCACCCGCUGUCACUGGUGGAGCAGGUGACCCCAAUUAUUGACCUCAUGGCUCGGACAAGUUCACAUUUUGCCAGGUUACGGGACUUUGUCACGCUGAAAUUUCCUCCUGGUUUUCCUGUUAAAAUUGAGAUCCCACUAUUUCAUGUACUAAAUGCCAGGAUUACCUUUGGUAAUGUAAAUAAAUGCAGUACAGAGGAGGAAGCAACACCAACUCCAGCAGGAACCCCAACAGGAGAUUCUGAAGCAUUGGUUGCAUUUCAGGUAAAUGCAAGUGUGUUUGAGGUUCCUACGCACUAUCAUCGCCGCGGGGGCAGCAGACACACGCCAGUGUCCAACAACGAUGAAGAACUUCUGCAGUAUGCAAUCCACCAGAGUCUCCUGGAGUCACAGGGAAUUUCUGACCAGGAAGGAAAUUGGCAGGAUGUUGAUGGUGGAUUUAAUGAUGUAAUGCCUAGAAGUCGCAGUGUUAGGAGCAUUCCAGAGGGGGCACUAGUGGACCUUGAGGAUGCAUCUAGUCCUGCCAGUUCUUUUACUACCCUGAGUCCAGACUCAGACUUGCGCCUGGCUAUGGAGCUGUCUGCUCAGGCUCAGGAGGAAGAGGAGCGGCUCAGGCAGCAAGAGGAGCAGGAGCUGGAGAGGAUACUUCAGCUCUCACUUACUGACAAGUAACAAGGGAAUAUGAGGGAUUUCAAAGGGUACGACAGACUAACAAAUCAUAUUAAACAUGUAGUUUGUAAUAGAUGCAACCAUUGCACCUCAUUUUAUCCUUAACCUGUGCAGCCAUCUAUGCAAUUACAAAUUUGUUUCAUAUCGCUUUUUUAUUUUUUGCAUUAGCAAACUUUCUGAUUCAGACAAUACUAUUGUUAGCUGUUCUUUAUGCUUUAUACACUAGUUUUCAUCUUAAAGGUUCGACUGGCUCUUAGUUAUGUUGUUCUGUUGUUUUUAUAUUUAAUUAUUUGCAAUUACUGAUUACAAUUUAAGGCUCAUUGUUUAUCCAUACUGCAUCCUAUACAAAGUAUUUCUUAAGAUCUCUAUGUUACUUUUCACCGUUAUGGGAUUAAUAUUUUUAUGCAUUGUGUACAACAAAGGUUGAGUGAUUGGCACUCAACAAAACUGAAGUCUCAGGGUUCAUUAGCUCUUAACAUAGAGCUUGCAGUCACUUGCUAAAUGAUUCUGUGGUAUUGCUCAUAAUAACCUUGAGUCCUUAACUAUAAACAGCAAGUAUCCAGUGCUUUUUGAAUGUACCCUCUUCUCUUGGGAAAUUGAAAGCAUGUUGCUGUAAUCAGCUGCUGAUUAUGUUUUCAAAAAGGGUUUGACUUUCCUUACCUUUUUCACAUACCAUCUUCUUUCUUCAUAAUGACCCAGUGUCCAUAUAUAAAAUGUUAAUCAGUAACAUUUUGGCAGCAAAUCUAUAACAGUUCAAAAUGGAACCAUUUUAGGUUUUGGGUUUUUAAAGCUGUGAUGCAGUACAGUGUUUCUCGCAGAAAAUUGGUUAGUCAAGGCGGUGAUGGGGCGAGAGGUGGCAGAGAUACUGUGCAGGCGAAAGUGAGGACUGUCCUCCAAACCACCAAACCACAUGAAUCCUCGCAUGGUUCAGAGGGACAUAGUCAAGGCGGGGGGCAAAUGUUGUCAAGGUGACAGCCCUAACUAUAAAGCACUGCGGGAAACACUGCAACACAUUUGUAGUGGCAGAUAUUACUCUGUAUGUUUAGCCAUAGUUUUCACUUGUAAACAGCUGUGGGCCUCUGGACAGAAAGCAUUGUCCAACUUAAGCCAUAUGUCCUCAUGUGCCAUUAACACAUUUAAAAUGUAUCAAGCCAAGGCCAUAUCCCUCAAGGUAAAUUUUAUAACCAUUUAGGAAGCAUUUCUAAAAUGAGAAUUUAUAACUACAUUGCCAUGACAUUUGUGCUGAUGGUGCUGAUUAUUAACCACUUGUACUGAUUCCACAAAACCAUUUUGUGCAUUGUUGGGUUAAGGAAAUUAUAGAAAUCUGUGGAAACAAGCAAAUUGCCAAACUGCUUAACUAGCAGCCUAACAAAAACAAUGUACAGGGCUGCAUAAUGUUUUACUUUGUGAUUUUAAGAGCUGUUUUAAAAUAUUUCUAAAAUAAAAGCACUUUAUUUAUAUGUUA